UUCUAUUUAUCACGCUCAUUCUGUUUCUGGUUUGAAAUGAAGGCCACAUGGAGGACCAAGAAAACUACAGCUGUAAGAGCUAAAGCAAAACGGCAUGCAGUGGUUACAAAGAAGAAGAAAGAGAGACCGGCUGUGGAGAGUAUUCCUGGCACAGAGUUUCUGAGUGAGAAACAGAGGAAACAUGUCAAGAUCCAUACAAAGAGUGCCAAGAUCAACGUCAGUGGAAAGAGAAAAAGAAAGGUGAUAAAACGACUUCGCCAUCAGAAGACAGCAGAGUUGGAGGCAGAGCCACAAACGGAUGAUGUUGACAUGGUACAGGAACCAUCCAGUGGUAAACAGAAAAGAAAAAAGAAAUCAAAGGGCCAAGGAAUGGAUGUUGAUUGACGGAGUAGCUUGUACAUAUAGAAGAUGAUGGGCCAAGAAAUAGCCAUUGUGUGGGCUUGUUUGUACAACAACAUUUUGAGAAGAAAAAUACUGUAUUUAGCUAUAGUUGUUGCAUUUAUUGUUUGGAAAACUUGUACCGGUAGAUACAUGUAUUAACAUUCAUAAUAAAAACAAAUACCCAAAACUGA